AUGUCCGGUAUAGAACCCCAGCCACCCAUCAACAAUCCAACUCCCGAGUCUAACAGAAGCCUCAACAAUCCAACUCCCGAGUCUAACAGAAGCCUCAACAACGGUAUGGGCGCAUUAACAAGCUUAGUUGAAAAUUUGUGUACCAACGUUACUAGCGCCGCCGUGACCACCUUGAUCAAACAAUGCGAAAUUUUCGAAGGUUUAGACGAGGAGGAGGAAGCAAGCCUUUAUCUUGCCGCGGGGAUUCCUCCUCCAGGUCCAGAUGCGAUGCCGGGGACUUUGGCGUCAUAUGAACUUCAAAUCAGAACCAUAGUGGUACGAACUUUGGAUGGACUUGAUCCGGAGGCUUGGGAAGACGAUGAUCAAUUUCGGUCAGCGUUUUUGGCAAUACUAGCGGCUGAGCAACACUGGGCGGCGCACAGAAAUGGGCUUUGGUGGCACCGAGUAUGUGAAUUCCGACGGCUUAUCAUCUCAGAUCGAAUCACAGCACAAGGGGAAGAGGCCCCAGCUCGCAAUCGGAUCGUCUAUAAUCGGAACGAGGUAAAACUUGCGCAUCACCGGGCAAUUUGGGUGGCCGAGCAGGACAUCGCAAGAUCCCAACAAAAUAUUCAAAGGGCCGAGCGAACCAUCUUAACUGAAAGGCAGAUGCUUCGCACAAUCGCCGAGGAAGAGAGGCGGGAGAGGGAGAACGCGGACGAUGUGGGACCAGGGCCAAAUAUUGAUCCAUCCACGCCGGUUCCAACGGUGGAUGAACCUGUAUCCUCUGAGGAUCAUGUCUGA